AGCCACGUCUUGGCUAAGGAGCGAUCCCCGGGUAGUGGGGUACGGGGCGGGCGGAGUGCUCAGGCCAGUCAUUGCUCGUGGGUGUGGUGACCCCGAGUUCUAGUCCUGUGUUCCCCGUCAGGCUCUGGCCGAGCUUCUGGAGAAGUGCCAUCUGUUGCAGACAUUGUGACACGUCCGUGUUAUGUUAGGUCAGACUAUAGACUGUAAUAAAGGCUGCAGCCCUUGUCAUGGACUCUGCAGGGCUGGAUCUAUGGCUGAGGCUGCAGGGGGAAUAAGUGAGAACACACCCGGGUUCCCUCUUGGACGUUUCCAUCUGAAUGCAGAAAACGGAUGGUGUUGCUGAGAAGAUGGCGCUUCCUUGCUGGGCCAUAACGUGGAAGGUCUUUCUGACCUUGGGCCUGGUCCUUUUCUAUUACUCCUUCUCCAUCGGCAUUACCUUUUACAACAAGUGGCUGCUGAAGCGAUUUCACUUCCCGCUGUUUAUGACCCUUGUUCAUCUCCUGAUGACCUUCAUCUUGUCGUCAUUAAGUAGAACGUUGAUGACCUGUGUCAGCAGACGGACACGAGUUAUCCUGCCAUGGUCAGACUACUUCAAAAAAGUGGCCCCGACAGCUCUGGCCACUGCUCUGGACAUUGGACUUUCCAACUGGAGCUUCCUGUACAUCACUGUGUCUCUGUACACCAUGACCAAGUCUUCUGCUGUUCUUUUCAUCCUCCUCUUCUCACUGCUCUUCAAGUUAGAGGAAUUGAAACCAGCUCUUAUCCUUGUGGUGCUGCUUAUUUCUGGAGGCCUCUUCAUGUUCACAUUCAAGUCAACACAGUUUGAUGCCAGAGGGUUUUUUCUGGUUCUUGCUGCGUCGUGCCUGGGUGGGAUCAGGUGGACCCUCACUCAGAUCCUCAUGCAGAAAGCAGAGCUAGGUUUACAGAAUCCCAUAGACACCAUGUUUCAUUUACAGCCUCUCAUGUUCCUCAGUCUAUUUCCGCUUUUUAUUGGCAUUGAAGGUCUGCACGUAUCCGCAUCAACGCAGCUUUUUCGCUAUCAAGAUGCCCAAAGCCUGCUUGUUGUAUUGGCCACCCUUGGUGUGGGAGGACUGCUUGCAUUUGGCCUUGGAUAUUCUGAGUUUCUACUGGUUUCCAAAACUUCCAGUCUUACCCUUUCCAUCGCUGGCAUCUUCAAGGAACUCUGUGUGUUGUUAUUGGCGGCCCAUCUUUUUGGUGAUAAAUUGAGCCUACUCAACUGGUCGGGAUUUGGCGUCUGCAUCUCUGGCAUUGCACUGCAUGUUGCUUUAAGGACCACCCAUACUAAAGAACACAGAGUGUCUCUGAGCACAGACAUGGAGCUUCUACUCAGAGGAGGUGAAGAUGAAGAGGAUGAGGAUACGUGACUGCCAGACUAAUACAAGACGUGUUCCUUAGAUCUGGAGCUACAAGUCUAGACACAUUUAAAAAAAUGUGGCUCUUCUCAAGCACAGUACGAACGCUGUGCUGCAUUCACCCACAUAUGAUGAGACGUGAACUAUAUGGUAUCCCUCUGAAAGAAUGGCGGCUGAGACUGGGAUGUUUACUUGUACAUUGCUUGUCUCUCUGCGCUUCGUCCCUUUUCAUGUGUGGGCCCUGCUACCUACCUCUGCCACAUACAUUUCCUCCAAUCCUAUUUAUUUGGUUUACACUGAUCCCCCUCCUAAGUGUUGGAGUUAGCAUUAGUGGAGCAUUAUGUCUCAUUUUUUGGUGAAGACUAGACAGCUGCCUGUGGUGAUGGGUGGUGUCUCCUGGGAUCGGUCACUGCCAUAUUUGCAGGAAUAAAAUGAGAUGAACAGGGAUAACAUGUGGAGAGGUAAAUGUGCCUGGCGUGUAAACCAGAAGAGUUCCUGUUCAACAGUUUGCAUAUAGAAUCAAUCUACAUAAAAGGUUCAGUAAUUGGGUUGCAUUACAUACUUUGUAUUGAGUUACCAUAUUUUCCGCUCUAUAUGGCGCAGUUUUUCAACCAAAGAUGGGGAAAAAAUGGCAGUGCAUCUUAUAGGGUGAAUACUAAUGAGUGCUUCCAUUAUGGAAGUGCUCAUUAGUACAGUAGGACCGGGGAGCGGUGAAUACAGCGCUUUUUGUGCUGACUCUGUACUCGCUGUUCCCUGGUCUUCUUCUGCCGGCUCUGCACACUGACCUGCACACAGUGUGAGGACAUAGACGUGCUCUGUGACCUCACGCUGUGUGAUGUUGGGUCACAGCCCGGCAUGGAGAGUUCUGGAUCUCAGGAGUGUUGGUGGCACCCGGAGUUUGAGAGCUGAGUUUUUAUGUUUUGUUUUCUGUCUGAUCUGAGGUCCGAUUAGGGGUCUGAGCUGAAGACAAAUUUUUUUUUUUUUUCUUAUUUUCCUUUUCUAAAACGUGGGUGCGUCCUAUAGGGCGAAAAAAAUGGUACAUCCUGUUAAGUAGUCCAGAGCUGUAUUUACAAUUUUACUGGGUUCUCUAUUAAACUGGUUUUAAUUGUUU